AUAUUCCCGAGCGUGUUGCGGCUACAAGAGAGGUCCCCCGUGCCCCUCCCGCAAGUGGAGGAAUCGGAUGAGACUGGUUUGGACCAGAGCAUCCAGCCCUCUAUCGCGAGCCCCAUCCGCAUUGUGGCUACGUCCUUGAGCCCUGAGUCAGUGGCAAAGCGUCCCGGGAUAUCUGACGACUUUGCCUGGAUUAAAACACCAGUCCACUACGACUUGGAAGAUUCAGAUGCCGAAUCAAGAGUCUCGGAUCCGGAUAGCAUCAUCUCCGUGCCAUCUACCGUGAGCUCCGUCGACCCGGACGCAAUUGAGACCAUCUUUCACCGCCUCCUUCAUUUUCAAGACCUUCAAUUCCUGUGGUCACACAUGGUGCAACUGUCGGGCUCUUGUUUGAAAAGCAACCACAACAUAGCCCGGUUUCUCGAGCUGUAUGCUAUCGACCUUUUGAAUCUGGCCUUGAACACAAAAGAUCGACCGGAGAAGCAAGUGAAGCUGGAUACCGCUAGAUUCGUCAGAAGAUCUCGGAGGGAUAUUGCUCGGAGAAUUACGGAGGCUCAUUGCAAGACAUGGACAGACGACAGUUCUGCUACAAAUAAUGACAUCAUUGAAGAUCAAGAAAUCGGUGAGAAUAUCGGUGCAAGGCGAGAUUAUGACCAAGGUGAUAGCGGGCCCGCAGAUGAACCCUUCGACUUGGUCACUGCUGUUGCCGAGGUAUUUUUGUUCGAAACGGACCCAGUUCUGCACUUGCAGUCUAAUGUUAAAGCAUUUGUCAACCGACAGUGUCCGAAGGUCGUCCAACAAAGCUUCUGGGAAUUUAUGACCACCAAGAUAAGCAACAUGGUGUCAAAACUAAGGCAAAAGCCUCUGGAAGACGGGAAGACGAGAAUAACAUGGACCUGUCUUGAAGCCGAAUUACGAUACCAAAACACCAAACAGCCUGAACUGGAGUAUGAUAACCUAGAUGCUCAAAAUACCCCGAGAAGCCACCCGAAUUCAUUUGCCAGGGUACUGUUUCAGAUGUGGACCGGGACAACACAAAUCUUUCGCAAAUUUCAGUACCCUCUUUUACCAGAGCACAAGUCUUCGCGUGGCAACAUGAGCCUUGAACUCGACAAUCCCUGCGCGCAGUCGUCACAGCAGGCACCCUAUACUACACACCUCUUCCUUUUUCUUUGUGUUCCUUUUCUCCGAUUUGCAACAAGACUCGCUCAACCCGAGGUUUGCCAGAUCAACUCCGAUCAGGAAUUAUUCCAACUCCUCCGGCGUCAGUAUCUCAAAGCACGUUCGGGUGGAAGAUGGUUAUGGGGCCAGCUCAGAAGAGUACAAGCCAUAGACUUUGUCAAAUUAGAGCUGUAUUCGAUUCAAGAGCUUGUGGACAUCUGCCACUCUCCAUCUCUUCCCCAAGAUACAGACCCGUAUGUUUACAAUCCCCAGCCGGCAGAACACAUACCACCAAUUGGAGCAAAUCACCUCAUGCAUCUGUUUUCUCAUCCGUCGCACGCCGAGCCUUUGCCGAUUCUCUUCAGACGAGUGCCCAAAAAGGUUGACAACCCACUAAAGCCUUGUCCAAUAAACGGGGUUGGGUUAGGCUGGGGCCUGUACCUUCAAGAGGGCAUGAACUGGCCGGCUAUGCUUCUCUAUGGCUGCAUUGGGUUCGGACUCAGCCUUUUCACAGCGGUGGUCUGGGCCACACUUGUUAAUCAAGGGGAUGUGCAAGGAGGCUUUGCUAUUGGGGGCUUUACGGUAGCAUUUUUAUGGUUUGCCGGAAGCGUCAUGGCGCACAUGAAUGGUGGGGAUGGACUGUAG